AUAGAGGAUGCAGCUGCCCAACAAUAUACCAUAUUCCUCACCUCUCUGAAUGCUGAUAAACUCAGAGUCGGUGGAGCACAUCUCCAGGUCGUCAAUGUAGGCUUGAGUAAAGUUUAUACUCCCGAGCUGCUCAGAAAAAAACAGAACGACCAAAUAAUGAAAUUCGGCAAACAGUACCAAGAAAUUCGAAGCGAUACAAUGAAAGCACUAAGCAAAGUCCGGGCCGAUUCGGCAGAAUAUACACCUGAAAGGGUUGAUAGAGAAGUUGACAAAAUUACGCAGCAGUUUAGACAGCAGACAAAAGAAGCAAUUCGGAAGUUGCUUCAGAUGCUAAGCAUUACAGAGGAAAAAUACAGAAUGUCAUUGGACAGUCCGGUACACUGCAACACCAGUGUUCGAGUUUUGGAGAUAACACAGCGUCAGGUUGAAAGUCUUGUGGGACACAAAAUCAGUAUUCCUGAUGAGUAUAUUAGAUCGGAACCCGAUGAGGACUUAGAUUCCUUCGUGGCGAGUGUUGUAGGUGGACCUGAGGAAUUUUUUGCAGACGUGCUACUAGAAGAUCACAAGUAG